AUGCUUGCCCCCUGCAGAGCAACACGAAGGAUCUGUUUGGGAGAAGCCUUCAGUGCACCUGCGGGUUCCACAAGCCAGCACAUCUGUCAUCAGGCACUGGGUCCAGUGCUGCUGGGUCCAGUGGUGCUGCUGCGUCCAGUGCUGCUGGGUCCAGUCGGGCUGGGUCCAGUGCUGCUGGGUCCAGUGGUGCUGCUGCGUCCAGUGGUGCUGCUGCGUCCAGUACUGCUGGGUCCAGUGCUGCUGGGUCCAGUGGUGCUGCUGCAUCCAGUGCUGCUGGGUCCAGUCGGGCUGGGACCAGUGCUGCUGCUGGGUCUAGUGGUGCUGCUGGGUCCAGUGGUGCUGCUGCGUCCAUCCGAGUCAGCACAGAGGAAGAGGGAGUCCGAGGAGACACAGAGGCAGGAGCAUCAGCUGCAGCACCCGGAGUGCAGUGCUUCCAGUGCAAGCAGCUUGUGGAUGGAGAGCACUUUUCACAGCAUCUGCUUGACCAUCACACGGAGGAGACCUGUGACAGCUGCGGGGCCAAGACUGGCCAAAGAGUUUGAUCAGGCACGCAACAGGCCAAAGGACGUAAAGGGCAAGACCAUGCCCAUCCCACAGUCCAUCGUCAGCGUCUACAGCCACCUCAGACAGCUGCUGGAGGACAGCAGGGUGGUCCUGGGUCAGACCAACGUGGUGCUGGUACCAGUCAACAACACCACUGUCUCCUCAUGGUAUGUGUUGUUUUAUUUAUCACAGCACAUGUUUGUAUGA